AUGAUCAAUAAUACACAUGAAAUAGAAUUAGAAAAAAAAUGGCGUCAGAAAUUUCCAUCAGUUCUAUCUAAUUUAUUUGCUUUCUAUCAAUGUCUUUGCACUUUGGUUAUUAUCGCUUGUGAAUUAGGUAGUGUACUUAUUGAUGUUUUUCAUUGUACAAUUUAUAUUGGCUUUUGGGCAAGUUUAUUCUUUGUAGCUGCAUGGAUAUCACAAAUAAUUGCAGGAUCUUGUCGUUUUACUCGUAAAUGUGCAACAUAUACACUUAUAAUCCAAUGUAUUUCAUUAUUUUUCGCUAUUUGUAUUAUUGGUUUCGAUGCAUAUUUCAUAAGUUAUCCUACUACAUGUUUUUUUUCAUUAUCUUUAUGCAAUAGUACGAAACCUAUUCGUGGUAUAUUCUAUUCUACAAGUCAAUUUAAUGAUAUUAAAAUAUCAUUAAUUAAAGGACAAUUAGCUGCUGCAGCUCUUAUGUUUGCUUUUUAUAUAGUUUAUAUUAUUAUAUAUGUUGUAACAUGUAUUAAAUUGAAGAGAGGCAAACCAUCAAUGUCAAAAAUUUCAAAAAAACAUCAUACAACAACUCCUAUUGAUAACAUUAAAACUGAAGAGUCCAUAAAAACUGCACAAGUUUCAGUGACUGAUAAAAAUGUAAUAAAAUUGUUAUCACCAUCGUCUACAAACAUAAAUGUUUUAACCUCGAUCAAUAAUAUUUCGAAUACAGUUUCAACAGAAACUAAAGAUACAGAUGUUUCAAUUACUACGGAGAAUGUAAUAGAAUCUUUAUUACCAUUAACAACCGACAAAAAUGUUUCGACUCAUAUUGAAAAUUUAAUUCCAACAAAAAUAGUAAAGACAGAUGUUGAAAUUACGAAGGAAAAUACAAUAGAAUCUAUAUCAUUACCAAAUACAGAUGUGAAUAUUUCGAAUGGUGGUACAAUAAAAACUUCUUUAGUUGAAUCUGUUCGUCGUUCAAGAUGGUCAAUUGAUUCUGAUGAUUUAGUUCCUAUUAAAAUCUAG